AUGGAAUAUUUCCUCUACUCCGUAACCCUCUUCUUCACCGUCGUCGUCCUGGUCCUUUUUUUCACCCGUGCCCACUGGCGCCAGCACGUCCCCGAGAUCCACGUCCCCGGAGCAGGCUACAUCUAUUCGCGACUGCCCGGCAGCUUCGCCGGUGACAUGGAGGCUGGCCUGUCCAGCAGCACCUUUGAUCUGACUGCCAAUGUCGAGGACGGCGACAGUCGCGCGGGUCUCGACGACGCGAGCAAGGCUGAGAUCCUGAAGAUUAUGAAGAAGAGGCGUCUCCCUUUUGACCAGGCUAGGAAGGCUUAUAUGGAGAGCCGGUUUAAGGCCAACGGUAUCGGGGCUGAUGGGCGUCCGCGGGACCCCAAGUUUGUCAGUUUUUCUUAA